ACUUGUGUCGGAAAGCCUCUUGCUUGUGAUCUUCUCCCUCCCCUUCAUCAUGCCUGAAUGUGUUCCGGUUCUUGUGGCUCUAAUGUUCUUUUUCUGCACUGCAAAUGCAGAGAUGACCUUGCUUCAGGCGCCGUCCAUCUCAACAUAUCCGGGCAGAAACGCGCAAAUCACCUGUACCAUGUCAGGAGGCAACAUCGGCGGCUACUACACGAGCUGGUACUGGCAGAAACCCGGCAGCGCCCCGGUCAUGGUGUGGUUUCAGAGCUCCAGUGUCUCUGGAAUACCAGAUCGAUUCACUGGUACCGUAGACCCAUCAAGGAGCCAGAUGCAUUUAACCAUCGCCAACGUGGAAUCGGAGGACGCCGCCGAUUAUUACUGUGGUGUGUGGGCCAGUGGCAGAUUCACCUUCGGGAAAGGAACCAAACUGAAUCUGGGCAGUCCGCGGCCCCCCACGGUGUCGAUCCUCCGACCUUCAGCGGAAGAAAUCACGGGAAAGGGCACCGCUACCCUGGUGUGUUUGGUGAGCGGGUUUAAUCCGGGCGCCGUGGACAUUGAGUGGACUGUGGACGACAAAGCGAGGAAGGAUGGCGUUGAGACCAGCCGAAUCCAGCGGGAGACGGACAACACGUUCAGUGCGAGCAGUUACCUGAGUCUGCCAGCCUCCGACUGGAACUCACACGAGCUUUACUCCUGUGUGGUUAAACACGAAACACAGGCAAACCCGUUUAAGGCAAACGUCGCCAGAUCUGGCUGUGUGUGAUCCGAGCAGUCCAUGUGCCGAUUCUCUGUGUUUCAUUCAAAAUAAAUAACAUAGGUAGAUAUUCAAAGCUCAAUUGUACUUGAUACAUUUUCAAUUCGAAACGAUGCGUGUUGUGUCUUCUGGAACCCACUGACCUUGUCUAACAGAUUUAUUCUGAAGUAAAUAUAAAUUUGUGGCAAAAUAAUAAAAUUUUCCUUAU